CUUCAGAAAGUCCACACCAUCACCUCCCGCUUGUUCUCUACAUUCGAAAUAGAUUAUAUAAUACCCCCCAAAAACCCUCAGAUUCAAAAACCUAAAUACUCAAAUCACCAUUUCCUCUCUCUCCUUCUUAGCUUCGUGUCGCUCGACAAUAACACAGUGAGAGGGCGCGGGAGAGGCAGAGAGAGAGAAACCCUAAGUUCAUUUCCAGCGUGGUUUUGGUUUUCUUCGGGGUUUUAUCAGAUUCCUAGUGUAAGUGUUGAAAGAAAUGGCUAUGGAGAUCACUCCAAUUCUGUUGUCUGCCCAGUCCCCGGAUGCAAAAGUUCGAAAUGAGGCAGAAGCUAAUCUUAGGCAGUUCCAAGAGCAGAAUUUACCCCUUUUCCUUCUGUCUUUAUCAGUUGAGCUUGCAAACAAUGAAAAACCUAAUGAAUCUCGUCGAUUGGCUGGUAUUGUACUUAAGAACUCCUUGGAUGCAAAAGAUGCUGCGAGAAAGGAACAUCUUGUCCAACAGUGGAUGGCGAUUGAAUUUUCUAUUAAGUCCCAAAUCAAAGACUUGUUAUUGAGAACCCUUGGAUCAUCUGUACAGGAGGCUAGACAUACAUCCGCACAAGUGAUUGCUAAGGUUGCUUCCAUUGAGGUUCCCCGAAAGCAAUGGCCUGAGCUAAUUGGAUUAUUGCUUCACAAUAUGACCCAACAAGAUGGUCCUGGAGCAUUAAAAGAGGCAACCCUGCAAACUCUUGGGUAUGUUUGUGAGGAGAUAUCCAAUCAAGACCUUGUGCAAGAUGAAGUGAACAAUGUUCUGACUGCGGUUGUCCAAGGCAUGAACCUUGCCCAACAUGGUCCUGAAGUCCGCCUUGCAGCAACAAGGGCUUUAUACAAUGCCCUGGAAUUUGCACAAACCAACUUCCAAAAUGAAAUGGAGCGAAAUUACAUUAUGAAGGUGGUCUGUGAGACAGCCUUGUCCAAAGAGGUAGAGAUUAGACAGGCUGCUUUUGAGUGUCUUGUUUCAAUAGCGUCAACAUACUAUGAUGUGCUUGAACCUUAUAUGCAAACCCUCUUUCAACUCACAUCAAAUGCAGUAAAAGGAGAUGAAGAGACAGUUGCCCUUCAAGCAAUUGAGUUUUGGAGCUCCAUCUGUGAUGAAGAGAUAGAGAUUCAAGAAUAUGAGAGUCCUGAAAGUGGGGAUUCUGAGCCUGUUCAUUCCCAGUUCAUAAAGAAGGCCCUUCCAUCUCUUGUUCCUAUGUUGCUGGAAACAUUAUUGAAGCAGGAAGAAGAUCAAGAUCAAGAUGAUAGCAUCUGGAAUAUAUCCAUGGCAGGUGGGACCUGUCUAGGUCUUGUUGCUAGAACUGUUGGGGAUGAUGUUGUGCUCCUUGUAAUGCCCUUUGUGGAGGCUAACAUAGUAAAGCCUGAUUGGCGUAGUCGUGAGGCAGCUACAUUUGCAUUCGGCUCAAUUCUUGAAGGCCCAAGUAUUGAUAAGCUUACCCCACUGGUUAAUGCAGGCUUGGAUUUUCUGCUAAAUGCUAUGAAAGAUGGAAAUAACCAUGUCAAAGACACAACUGCAUGGACUCUCAGUCGUGUAUUUGAGUUGUUGCACAGUCCUGCUAAUGGGUUCUCAGUGAUUUCUCCAGAGAAGCUCCACCGGAUUGUGGCAGUUCUACUGGAAAGUAUUAAUGAUGCUCCACAUGUAGCUGAGAAGGUUUGUGGGGCAAUCUAUUACCUUGCCCAGGGAUAUGAGGAUGCUGGAAGUGAUUCCUCUCUCCUUACUCCUUGCCUUCCUGGCAUCAUUUCUCAACUUCUUAAAACUGCUGAUCGUACAGAUGGGGGUGACUCAAAGCUCAGGUCUUCUGCAUAUGAAACCUUGAAUGAGGUUGUGAGGUCUUCAAAUAUUGUGGAAACAUCUCAUAUUAUUAAAGAACUGCUCCCAGUUAUCAUGAACAAGUUGGGGCAGACUCUAGAACUUCAGAUUGUAUCUUCAGAUGACAGGGAGAAACAAGGAGAUUUGCAGGCUUCCCUCUGUGGUGUUUUGCAAGUCAUUAUCCAGAAACUUAGCAGUGCUGAUGAGACCAAGCCUAUCAUACUCCAGGCUGCAGAUCCUAUUAUGAUUCUGUUCCUCAGAGUGUUGGCUUGCCGGAGCUCUACUGUGCAUGAGGAAGCAAUGCUUGCAAUUGGUGCUCUGGCUUAUGCCUCAGGUCCAGAGUUUGGCAAGUACAUGCCUGAGUUAUAUAAGUAUCUGGAAAUGGGAUUGCAGAAUUUUGAGGAGUAUCAGGUCUGUGCCAUCACAAUUGGAGUGGUUGGUGACAUUUGUCGUGCAUUAGAUGACAAGGUUUUACCUUACUGUGAUGGGAUCAUGAGCCACCUUAUCCGUGAUCUCCAGAGUGCUGAACUUCACCGUUCUGUCAAGCCUCCCAUAUUCUCUUGUUUUGGGGACAUUGCUCUUGCUAUAGGGGAGCAAUUCUUGAAGUACAUUGAGUCUGCAAUAACAAUGAUGCAGAGUGCUGCUCAAAUCUGUGCCCAGAUGGAUACCAACGAUGAGGAGUUUAUCGAUUAUGGCAACCAGCUGAAGCGUAGCAUCUUUGAAGCUUAUUCCGGUAUUCUCCAGGGAUUCAAAAAUUCCAAGCCAGAAGUGAUGCUUCCACAUGCUGGACAUCUUUUGCAGUUUAUAGAAUUAGUUUUCAGAGAGUCUCAAAGGGACGAGAGUGUGACGAAAGCUGCAGUUGCAGUGAUGGGUGAUCUGGCAGACUCUCUUGGUUCCAACACUAAGAUUUUGUUUAGAGACAACACAUUCUAUGUCGAUUUUCUUGGCGAGUGUCUUCAGUCUGAUGAUGAACAGCUCAAGGAGACUGCAAAUUGGACUCAGGUGAUGAUAGCAAAGGUUAUUUCAUGAAUUGUAGGUUGCUAGAUAUCUGUGAGUAAAAAUAGUUGAGUAUGACAAUUUCUUUGUGGUUAGUCAAAUGGAACACUUCUUUUUUGCUCUUUUCCAUUUUAGUCUGUGGUUAAAAAGUGUGAAGAGCCCAGAAAGAAAAUGAGGUCAUGCAUCCCUGUGUCUUUAGUAUUUGGGGAAGAGAAUCAUGAUAAUGGUUCUCUUUCAGUCCACUCUUGUGUGGGAUGGGAGAGAUUGUGCUUUAUUGAACUCUGUCACUGAUCGGUGGUUUAUGAAGGCCAUUUUAUUUAUUUA